CCGAUGCUACUGCGUGGCAGUAUGCCCAUACCCAAGGAGCGGUGCAUGGAACUGCUUUCCCACAGGAUGACCUCAGAGCCAUCAUCAUGUCGUUUAUCACGCAGGGGGCAUACAUACUGCUGAGUAGCAGGCCAUCCUAUAGACCUCUGUUUUUCCUGUCGUCGGAACUGAAACUCGUUGCCAUUGCGAUAUCAGUCCUUCGUUCGCCGAAUCAUUCGCCUUUCCCUGACCAGACAGUUUCCAUUUCACUGCAGUAUACCUGUCCUGCAGAUUGGUUUUUCCUGAUUUCUAAAAUUUGUGUCUCUUGCUCUGAGCGAACAUGGCCAAUACAGCAAGCGGGUAUAACGCCAUUGAAGAUUAUGGCUUGAUUGGAGAUAUGCACACCUGCGCCCUGGUCAGCAAGGAAGGAAGCUUGGAUUUCAUGUGCUGGCCCGUUUUUGACUCGCCUUCGGUCUUCUGUCGCCUGUUGGACAAGAACAAAGGCGGUUACUUUAACAUCAGCCCGAAUGACUCUGCUCUCAGCAAGCAACGGUACCUGCCGUACACGAACCUCUUGGAGACACGAUGGAUCAAUGAAGGUGGCGUGGUCACCCUUCUGGAUUACUUCCCUGUCUCUCCCAAGAGGACGCCUCAGUCGGAGCGUAUCCUCUCCGGCUUCUGCCCCUGCAACGAGCCCGAGGCGAAUCGUUUCAAGUCAGGCCUUCGCCAUUCGUCGGUCAUUCGAAAGCUCGACUGCUCCCGAGGCUCAAUGGAGAUGCAAAUCGAGAUCUUCCCGGCCUUCAACUAUGCGCGAGACGCGCAUACGGCCCGCUGCAAGUUGAUGGAUAAUCUAGCUGACAACCGGCUGCAGACGAUCCAUUUCGAGAGUCCUUCGGAGAAACUGCAGGUGGAAAUCUUUGCCGACUCGAAGGAGCCCGACAAACUAGGCUUUCCGCAGGCCCGAUUUGAGAUGCAGGAGAAGCCUGACAUGCUGGGCCGCGGGCUGGUGGCCAACGUAAGGCUGACUGAAGGCCAGGCACUCACCUUCGUCAUCCACAGUCCCGAGAAGGUGAUGCCCAGUGAGAACACGGUAGGCGCGCACCUCAACCGGAUGGAGAACGAGACGUUCGAUUUCUGGACCGAAUGGACGCGCAAAUGCACGUUUCGCGGGCAUUACCGCGAAACGGUCGAGCGGAGCUUGCUUAUCCUAAAGCUGUUGACCUACAAGCCCACCGGGGCCAUUGUGGCCGCACCGACGUUUUCGCUGCCAGAGGAUGUCGGCGGCUCUCGCAAUUGGGACUACCGCUACUCCUGGGUGCGCGACACGUCGUUCACGCUGUACGUAUUUCUCAAGAUGGGUUACAGCGACGAAGCCGAGGCGUACGUGGGCUUCAUUUUUGAGCGGAUCCUGCAACCAACCACCAAGGCGGCCACGGAUAGACGCCCUCUACUACCCCUCAUGUUCACGAUCCGCGGUGAGACCGAAAUCCCCGAGCUUGAGCUAGAACACCUCGAAGGAUACAAGGGCAGCAAGCCCGUGCGGGUCGGCAACGCGGCCGUCUUCCACACGCAGCUGGACAUCUACGGUGAGCUCCUGGACAGCAUCUACCUGUACAACAAGCAUGGCAACCCCAUCACGUACGACCAGUGGCUGGCGAUCCGCAAAAUGGUCAACUACGUGAUUGAGAUCCGCAACGAGAAAGACAUGUCUAUCUGGGAGUCCCGCGGGCAGAUCCAGAACUUCAUCUUCUCCAAGAUCAUGCUCUGGGUGGCCCUGGACCGGGGGAUCCGUCUAGCCGAGAAACGGUCCAGCCUGCCGUGUCCCGACCGGGAGAAAUGGCUCAAGGUCCGCGACGAGAUGUACGACCAGAUCAUGGAGAAAGGUUACAACCAAGAGCGCGGCCAUUUCUGCCAGAGCUUUGAGAGCCGCGAGGUCCUCGACGCCGCCAUCAUGAUCGCCCCCUUGGUCUUCUUCCUGCCCCCCAACGACCCCCGCUUUCUCAGCACCCUGCAGAAAGUCCUAGAUACUCCGGAGAAGGACGGCUUGUCCAGCGCCAAACUGGUGUUCCGAUAUGACCACAUCAAGGCCAACGAUGGUGCGUCCCUUUUUACUCCUUCGCCAUACUUUGCCUCAGUGUCCCUCCAGUCACUUCACCGUUACACGGUUGCCUUCAGUCAGAAUCAAAAUCGCUUGUAACUGUUCUCACUAACAGUUGUCCUUUCUAGGCGUCGCCGGCGGCGAAGGCGCAUUCAUCAUGGUGACAUUCUGGCUUGUGGAAGCCAUGGCUCGUGUAAGUAUAGCUGCAGGGCUAUCCUUGAUAUCUCGCCGCGUAUUCAAAAAAAAAAAAAAAAGAAAGAAAGAAAGAAAAGAAAAUCAAACCAGCUCACUUUUUAGGCCGCUAAAUAUUCCACCCCAAUCCCGCACCUG